AUGGCGCCACUGUUCAGCGCUCUCAAGAGCAUCCGGAGAGCUUCGAGGCACAGCUUCAAGACGGCGCCACCGCCCUCCCCGGUCCCGGAACAUGACACAGCUUCAGCGGGCGAGUCUUCGAGUGAUGCCGAUGCUGCUAGUAAUGGCACUGCGCCCACCAGCGGCUCCAUAACUCCUCCGUCCAUAUCCGCGCAGUCGGACCCAGCUCUUAACCUCAGCUUACCGACUGUUCGAGACGAUGACGGACCUUAUAACAUUGCCACCCGGCCGCCGAUGCCCGGCCAGCGCGACAGCGCCUUCGCAUCGGGUUCGAACCGAUACAGCAUGUACGGGACCGGAUCCGGGUCAGUAUCGACCCCGCCUGGUACAUCGCCGCCGCCGAAAAGGCCAUCGCGUGGCAAAUACGCACCCAGGAUCUUGAAUAUCGAGGACAGGACCUUCGUUCACCAAAAGCUACUAACUCUGAGGGGCGAGGUCGGCGAGCCUAGCAAGCUGGUCGAUGGCACCGUGACAGUGCAUUAUCAAAACAACCAAAUGCCCUCUCUCGAGUUUCCAGUAUGCUCAUCUCACUUUAAGGCCUUAGUACCCCUUUUCCCAGGUACCAACAGACUUCGGCUCGAUUACACGAGCUCUAAGCACACUCGUGGGGAGCUGAAUUCUUCAUGGAUUACCGUCAACUAUGUACCGACUACGAACUGCCCCCCGUUGCAACUGGCUAUCUUGGUGGCCAAGGACUCUCCAAGGACAUUCGAUUCCGUGCCUAACAGGGUUGAGCGUGAAGGGAAUGGGCUGGAUGCUGCCGUUCGUAAGUUCCGAAUGGCCGCUUAUCUGUGGCAAGCUUUCACUGCCGAGCAAAUGGCAUUGCAUGCCAAGGCGGAGAAGACGCAUGCGGACCCCCACCGCCCUGCGGCGGUAGUAGACUACAGGUCGUUCAGAUUCGAGGAGGAAUGGACACACGGUUCGUUCAGCAGUCGCGACCAAGAGAAUGGGACCAUGCGAUCGGAGGCUAGAGUUCACAUUGUCGAGAUGGACAAGACGGUCGAUGAGAUUCGUGACGCCGACCUCGCCCAGCAAAACCAGGAUGCGAAGAACCCAGGUGGUCUGUUCGACAUUGCAAUGGGCGCUCUCAAGGACUACUUCAAACCGCAACCAGGACAAAAGCACUAUGUGGCCGCUCUGAUCCUAGACUCCCACUGGGACCCUUCUAACCAACUCAUCACAGGCCAUGCUGCUUUGGGUGGCGGCAAUGGUGAGGUAAACUUGGGUUUGUUUGGAUCGCAUUGUCUGUGGAGCUAUCCGACGUGCAUCGAGGAAGUGGACGCCUGCUUCACCGACUGCAACCCCACGGACUCGAAACUUGUAGCCAACGACUGUCGGGAAGCCGGCAGCAGCUGGGAAGCUUGCAACAUUGGAAUUGGCUCACAUCUCCAUGAAGUCGGCCAUCUGUUUGGUCUGCCCCAUCGACCUUCGGGAGUCAUGUCUCGCGACUAUGUGCGUUUACAUCGCAGCUUUGUCGCCCGCGAGGCUUUCUGCACCAGAACCAAGGAGAAGGGCGGACCGGUCAAUGACAAGGAGGAGUGUCAAUGGACUUGGUUGGAUUAUUUGACUCUUCGCACACACCCUUGCUUCUUGACAUCAAUGGAUAACAUGACAACGGAUAUGGGAGUCGUGGCCUGGCCAACCGAUCCGGACUCAGUCAUGAUAACUUCGCAAGCCGGACUAUCUCACAUCGAGCUUUAUGCAGAUGGCGAGGAGGAAUGCUGCGAAACUAUCACCUUUGACAAGGACACGCGCUCUACCACGCUGCGGGAGAAGGAUUUGCGUUACAAGCUCCCAACCAACAAGCGGCUGGCUCCGUUCCGUAUGGUCGCACGCUCGUUCGGCGGAGGAAGGUUCGAAACUGGAGAUUUUAAGCGACUAGCAGCGGUCGAUUCCAACUUCAAGCUCGACGGAAGGACAUUUUGGAGAAGCCCACGCGUUGGUGCAUCCAGCCUGGAAGAUUCGGAACAGCAUGAGGUGGUCUGCACCCCGGCACGUCAGGGCGACGAUAAUAAGAACAGGGUCAUGAAGCGCAUAAUCAUCUACUCUGGCAGCUAUCUGAACGGCAUAGAGUUUGUCUAUGACGAUGAUUCGCGACAGUUGUUUGGCAACAAGGGCGGGAAGCCAGGGGGUGACGCUUUUGACCUGAAUAUUCCCCGUGGCGAGCAGCUUGCCGGCUUUAAAGUGAAGUCUGGAAGCUGGGUCGACGCAAUCCAGAUCUUGACCGAUCAAAACAGGCGAUCGGCAUGGUUUGGCACCGCAGGCAACGGUACCCUUACUACGACGCACCUCGUACCUCCCAGAGGUUUCCGCAUCUGUGGUGUCGCUGGAUCAUGCGGCUCAUGGGUGGAUGCUUUCCAAAUCGUUUACCGACGUGGUUGA